UGCAUCAAUUUAAGUUUUGAGACUCAUCAAUAGAAACCUUACUUGAUCUUAAAACAGGAAAAUUUCUGAUUGCAAAUUCAGUAGAUCAUGAUGUUUAACUUUAACUUACAUGUUUGUUUGUUUUUUGUUGUGACUGUAGGUUAAGGAUAUGGUGGCAAUUUUUAUGAUGGCCAGAACACUGGCACUGAGGCUGCGUUUCCUGAGUCAUUUGGAUGACAAGAUCCUUUCAUCACUGAAAACAUGCGCUGGUAAGCGGCUGUCUUAUACGGGUCUCCGAACCUCUACUGUCUGCUUUCCCACAUGUUCCAGCCUCAGUCCAAGGGGUGUAUGCACCACAGAACGAGACCCAAUGUUCCUUGUUGCUGGAUCUGUUCACCCUUACCAGAAGCUCUUCCCCAGUGGAAGUGGUUUGUCUUUGUUGCACCACCUGACUUCUGAUGAGGACCAUACAUUUAUGAAACGACUCGCCUCCUGUACUUCAUCUCAGCAAGUUCUUCGUCUCUUGCGAUCUUACCCUCUCCUCUCAGGUGCAGCAGCAGCAUCUAUACUUCACCGACUGGCAGACUUGGAGCAGGACUCCGCAUGUGGGCUUUGGAAACCACAGAUACUGCUAUCAGAUGCAGGCCUUAAUAAACUUUGCCAAACACUGGAGCAUGAUUCAGCCAAAUUACAGGAUGAGGUAUUGGUUAGAGCUCUCCUUGGCUGUACACGUCUCUACCUUGACCCUCAGAGCCGCCUAGUGCUAAGGCUGGUGUUUGAAUGUCAAAAGAGACUGAAUUUGGAACAGCUCAGUGUUGAAGCACUAUGUGGGUUAUCAAGGGCUUUAUUUGCAUUGGAAGGCCCUAACAGUGGCAUGAUAAAACAGGCUAUGAGUCACCUCCAAAAUAAAGAUACAGCUCAAUGGAAUACGGCAGAGCUAGUUGCGGUUUACUCUAUGCUAGCAACUGGUUUGGGUGAAGAUGGAUGCUAUCUGGAGCUUCUAAAUGAAAUGAAUGCUCGGGCACUUCAGUUGGUGCAACAAAUGGGCCCAGUGGCGAUUAGCGAAAUUCUAGGUGCUUUAUUCAAAUUAAGACAUAAGGAAGCAUUACCACUUGUAAUUGCACUUUGCAAGCAAGCUGUCCAUCAUGUUCAAAACUUUGCAGAUCCCGAACUGAUUGUGGUGUUGUCAGCACUUAUGCACUAUGGACACAGUGACCACUUUCUUGUGGAAGCUCUUGAGCGCCAUGUGCCCAAGAUUGCCUUUACUGCUCAUGCAGAAACCGUAACCAAGGUGAUGCAGUUUUUCCGUCGAUGGCGCAUUCUUUCUCCACCUGUUUUUAAUGCUGUGGCUGAGAGUUUUGUGUAUCGUGCAGAGGAGUACUCAACGUGGCAGGUAUCACAACAGAUAGCUGCACUGGGAGUUUUGGGAUACCUGCCACCUGAUGCUGGGAGAUUGUUCAGAAAGGUGGAGUCUGUUUUGCAUGCCCGGUUUUCCCAAUUUCAGCCCAGAGCCCUGCUAGACCUACUGUAUGCCUGUACCCUUCUACAGAGAUACCCACUUAACUUUGUCUCAAAAGUCUUCAGCCCUUACUUCAUGCAACAGCUACAGGGGGAGGAGGGCAGUGGGAUAGAUCACAGAGUGCUUGCACAGUUGACCCAACUUUACAUGACUGUAAAGCUCGAGUGUCCAUUUUAUGAUGGACCACGACUUUCGCCGAAGUUUCAAGUAAAGUCAUUUUUGGCUUCUGGACAGUCUUUGGAGACACCGGUGGAACUUCAUUUCUAUAAUGCUGUGAAGUCCGCCUUAGUAGAUCUGCUGGGAGCUCAAUCUUACUUUGCUUCCAGAGUACUUACACCAUAUUGUUAUACGUUAGACAUUGAGAUAAAACUAGAUGAAGAAGGGUACGUCUUGCCUGCUUCGCAUACAGAUGAAGUCCAUAAAAGAAUUGCUCUCUGUAUUGAUGGAUCAAAGCGCUUUGCAGCAAAUGCAGAGAAACUACUAGGCAAGGAAGCCAUCAAGCAGCGUCACCUGAGGAUUCUGGGAUAUGAAGUUGUUCAGAUUUCAUACUAUGAAUUUGAGAAACUCAAGGAUAAAAAAGAGGUUGUGGAAUAUCUGCACAAGAAGAUUUUUCCUCACAGCUACAGACUCAGCUGGUGAUACUUGGAUUACCAAAUGGAUAUUGAACUACAAUUCAUUAGGUUUAUUAUGUAUACAGAAGUUUGUUUUUUGCUUGUACAGAAAUGUGGUAUGUAAAUUAUUUAUUUAUGCUUUCAAUAAAGUGUAUUGCAGUACAAAGUAAA